AUAAGUUAUAAAUAAUGUUGCUGCUAUUUUUAUUAUUAGUUCUGCACUACGAUUUGUCAUUUUGUCAGCGGUUUCAUGAAGCGGGACUCGACAGCAAUUGGUAUCAGACGAAGCAACACACACUAGACAAAUACAGGCAGAACAUAUUCUACAUGAAUAAGAAACAUAAGAAGAUCAACAACUUCAGAGUGGAUGACGGUGGACCUACACACACGGACUUUUUAAACUCAAUGACGGAAAUAUGGCUGAAUACCACUCCAAGGAUAGAGCAGAUUAAUCAUGUUGCCGUUCCAAGUUCCAAGGAUGUCUUUUUCUCGAUGAAACCUGCCACAGAAGUUCCACAGUUUCCAUUCCCUCCUGUUACUAGAACAGAAAAGAACCCUUACCUUCAACCUCACGCUGAUACUGUAGAAACUCUUCCAUCUCUUCCAUAUCCUAGUUUAGAUCCCCCUCUUCAAUCUCCAGCAACAACACUACAGCCAGAAUACACUCCUUCUCCAACUAGACCGACGCCAAAAGAUCCCUCUUUCAAUUCUCCUGCUCAAAUUCCAAGGUCUUCAACUGAUCCAGGUUAUAAUCCAUUAGAAACGGAAGGUACCACUCCUGAAGCAGUAGUUUAUAAACUGUACCAGACUCACCCAUCAGAUGUCAAUAUUGUGAUGGAAGAGAUGGCUAAAUAUCAGACUCCUACUAAUUAUAUUCCACCAACUGUAACUAACAACCUUGAUUUCACUGGUGAGUCAUCAGUUUGUCAUCAUCAUCAAAACUUACGUGGGACAUACUAA